AUGCCCCAGGGGUCGGCGCGGGACGCUCCCCAGGAGUCAGCGCGGAGCGCUCCCCGGAGGUCCACAGCGCCCGCCCCCUCCGUCGCGCCUGAGACUCAAGAGCAGCGGAGUGGCGACAAGCGGCCGUUGCCGGAUGCCCUGGGGUCAGCGUCCGGCUCCGAGGCGAAGCGCGCGCGUCGUCCUUGCUCCGGAGGAACCGCCGCCCCCCGUGGUCUUGUCCUGCAGCUGGCGCCCAAGAAGGCACUGUGGGUGUCGUCCGCCAAUGUGGGGCGGACCGCAGUCCCGCCCGCGGCGAGCGGCGGGGUCCCCGGUGAGGUCACGGGUCCCGCCACGGAAGCGGCCCCCGUGAUGGCGACCGGCGGAGUGGCGGCGCCAUCGGGCGCGAGAGAGGGCGUGGACCCCGCUCCGCCUUCUGCUUCCCUGGUCAACCUCUCGGUGCAGAGCGUCGCUCCCUAG